CACUGAUAGGCGGCACUGAUGUGCACUGAUAGGCAGCACUGACUGGCAGUGAUAGGAGGCACUGACUGGCACUGAUAGGUGGCACUGAUUGGCAGCUCAGAUGGGCACUGAUAUGUGGCAUUGAUGUGCACUGGUAGGCACUAUGUGGCAUUGAUGUGGCACCGAUGGGCACUGGCAUGUGGCACUGAUGAGCACCGACACAAGGCACUGAUGGAUACUGACAGGUGGCACUGCUGGGGCUACACUGAUCAUCAGGGCACACUGAUCAUCAGUGCCCUGAUGACCACUGUCAGCGUGACAGCUCGAGAGGAGAGAAAUGCCGAUAACCAGCAUUUCCCUGUUUACAUGUGAUCAGCUGUGAUUGGACA